GUUCAAUUAGUCUAUCUUAUGUCAAAAUUAGUCUAAUUCUCUUUGUAAAUGUUAUAUUGGGUAUUUCAAUCUUAAAUUUACCCGAUUAGAUGUUAUCCGUUUUUCUGAGGAAGUUUAAUAAUCGAUAGAAAUGCAUAGAGUUCAGAGAAGACCAUUAAAGAAAAGGAAAGACAAUAACAGACGAAUUGGUGGGAAAAUUGGUAAAAAUGAGGGAAAUAUUACAAUGUCAAAGCGCCUCACAAUUCCUCCUGAAUUUUUUCAAUCUAAUUUAUUUUCUACUAAUAAGAAAAAUAAAAAUUCAGUACCUGGAGAAAGUUAUAGUGUUUUGGAUAGUUUUCAUAGUAUUUUCAAUAACUGUGUACUUAUAAGAAGAUCUGAGAAGAUAUUAAACAUAUGCCCUGAAGAAAAUACAAAUACUGUUGUUCCAAAGGGUUCAACUGAGUCAUUAAGCUUAAGUUCACUUAAAAAAACACAAUCAGUUGAACUUAUAAAUUCUCAUAAAGAAAACAACUUCCAAAAUAAUAAUAAAAGUAAUAAUAGAAAAGGGAAUAAAGCAAUAAAGAAAUCAAAAAGCAUAUUUGAGGAAAUAAAUCAGCUGUAUGCAAGAUCUCAUAGCAAUAAUUCACAUAUUUCUCAAGUCAAUAAUUCUACUAAAGGAUUAAAUUCAGAAUAUUCAUUUUGUAAUUCUUUAAUACAGCAACUUAAUGCCGCGUUUAUAAUAGAACCGAAGAAAAUACUGUUUAAAUCAAAAAUAUGUACAGAGAUUAAAAAUAUCGACAAUAUGCUUAGGGGUAACAUAAAAAUUGACAAAACUUCAAAAGAAGCCAAUAUAAAUGAUUUUUAUAUUGACGAAAGUGGUAAUGACAUGAAAUGGAUGCGUUUUUCACAAUCAGAAUGGAUAUAUAAUACCCCUCCAAGACAAAAAAUAAUACCACCCGAAUUUAAGGAGUCACAAUUGCAACCGGCAGUCUUAUGUACAAAUCAGAAACAAAAGCAACUUUUUGAAUGGAAGCCCAAUUUAAAUAUGGAUUUUUUUGCUACCAAAGAUAACAUUGUAAUCAAUGAUAAAUAUAUGGAGCACACAGCUUCUUUUAAUAGAGAUAUACAUAAUGAACAUACGGGACCUAGUUUAAAUAAGAAAAAAAUUGAAGAUAAUAUGUUUGACUUUCCCCAAAGUGGAUUAUUCAAACCACAUCAAAGAUCAAACGUUAAGUACGAUUCUAGUCAAGUUACGGAAGUUAACAAAUUAGAGAAGAAAACCAACUUUGACCAUGACAUGUUUCCUCAUUGCAGAGAAACUGAAGGCAAAAUAUUAGAAAAUUAUAGAUCAUCACCAAAUUUGUAUUUGGAGGCUAGAAGAAGACUGUUUUGCCAUAAUCCUAACACACUUAAUAAUGAUUUUAAAAUGGAUUGCUCUGGUUCUUCAAACUUUGAUAAAGAAAGAAAUAAUUUCCCCUUUUUACAAUCCAUUAGCAAAGAUGCUACAUCAGAUUUGAAUUUCAAUUUUAAAAGUAGCUCGAGAACUAACGAAAAUGUUAUGUUUCGUUUCGCUCCUGGUAAACACGGUUAAAUUCAACUUCUUUUUGAUAAGAAGAAUUAUUUUUCUAAAUAUUCUAAUUAAAUGAUAGGUUCUAAUUCUGUUGUUGCGCCUGCCGAUGGCCUAUCAAGGAAUAUCUGAAUUUUCAGUAAUUUUUAGUUAACUGCCAUUAUCUAGACUUUUGUCAAAUUCUCAGUUCAAAAUUGAGGGUUUGUCAGCAGAAGUGAUUCGUGUUCUAAAAAUAUUUAUAGUCUUCUAAACAAAGAAGUUAAAUUAGAUAGAUGUCCUGAUACGCCUCAGCAAACGUUAUAUUAAAGUGAAGUCUUUACUUCAUUGCUAGAAAGUUCUAAAAUGAAAACUUGAUUGUAGUAUUGUCUGUAAACCCCUUUUUUUGUUUAUUGUAUUAGAAAGUUUUGUAACUAAAUUUAUAAUAAAUCUAUGUAGUUGAUAAAGUAAUAA